AUGAAUCAAUUUAUCACAGACAACCCUUCAUCAAACACGGCUUCUAGAAACACUCUCUCAACUUUUCACCACCCGGAAUCUACUCUAGAGAACAUACCAGGAAGUGAAGAUGAUGCAGAGGGUGAGACAGAGACAGAAGAUGAAGAGAAAGGAACAGAUAACUAUGAUUCAACCGAGUCAGAAGAGACAGAGUAUGAUGAGUCCGAGGAAGAACAUAAUGAAUGGAUGGACAAUACAAGUGAUGACGGCAAGGGUGUAAAUGACAACAUCGGCCAAAGUGGUCAGCUCAAUGAAGAUUGGCCUCCUCAAGGAGCUACACCAGCACGAGAACUACUCCCGCCUCGAGAGGGCAAGAUCUUCAAGUCUAAGGAGCUAGGGCAACGAUACCUCGAAGCAGUUGCAAAGCAUCAGGGUUAUGCAAUUGCAAUCAGGUCUAACAAAGGCCCUCAUCUAGAGAGCCGAUACUUCUAUUGUGUACGUGGUCACCAGAAUCCCAAGCGUGCUUCAGGUGUAGCCAAAGUCAAAGUUCAACCUCUGAAUGGACACGAAAAAGACUUGAAAAAGCCACGAAAAAGCAGCACAUCUAAAUCUGACUGUCGUUUUGGAGUUUCUCUUAACUACUGGACAAAGCAAGGUCAUUGGAAGGUCAAAGUUCAACACUCUCGUCACAAUCACAAGCCUUACAAGAGGCCAAGUGACCUACCUCGCCUGCGCCGCUUGAAAGACACAGAAGAAACAUUAAUGAAUACUUUAACGGAGGCUAAUCUCUCAUCGACCAAUGCGAGAUAUAUACAAUCAAAAAGCUCGCUCUCGAAGAAAGGAACUUGA